AUGAUUUUUUCUAAUAUUUGUAAUAUAACUCAUAAAACUAAUAAGAUUUGCCGAAUUCUAAUGCAUUCGUCCCGCCAUUAUAAACUACACCAGUAUACUUUUACUAAGUGCUAUUUGCCAUGUACUACUACAGAUAUACUCUAA